CAAGUGGAUUAGGCUCUAGUUAAACCAUGGUAGAAUUAAGAAUUAUAAGUCCAUCCUGUAGUGAAACGUAAUUUUAGUGAACCCUGAUGUCACCCUCUGAAGUGUGAUCAUAGAUAAAUUAAACAGAAUCGCUAAAUAUUUCUUGUCUCUGUCGAUAUCAUAGCCGUCUAUGCGAUUUGUUAACACAAUUAGUCGAAUAAUCGUAUAUCGAUUUUGGAUCUCUUGAAAAAGAUAGUAAAGGCGCUUAAUUUUAUUUUAAGAAAAUAGAAAGGUAAAAAGAGAAUUCACUAUAGAAUUCUCUAUAAGAAUUUACAUCACUGUUUGUCUAUCCAUUCCACUUGAAUUGUCCUACAAUAUUUCAAUAUGGAUUGUAAUGAAACAACUCGUAUGUUAAAUUCGGAGACCAUAGAGCAACUACAAAAGUCCCGUGACGCGGAGCUUGUCAAUGUACGGAAAUUGAGACUUGUCCUUAAGGAACUGAAGCAGUUGAAUUGUAAUAAAAUGUCAGUUUCUGAUAAGGAGUCAAUUGAAAAGUCCUUAAAAGUUCUUAAAAUUGGAGAUUAUCUACAUCUUAAUGAGAAAAAGAACCAAUGUCUUUUAGACCUUGGCGAUACAUGUAAAGUUAAUCUCAAUUACACGGAAAGGAAGUCUGUGAGGCAGCAUUUGUCUGAAAGUCUACAAAAGUUGGAAAUAAUUCGUGAAUUUGGGCAGAAGUUACAGAGUGAAUUACCAGAAUUAUUUUCAGAAACCUAUUAUCUCCAUGAGGAGAUUUUGAAUUUAGAAAUGCAAAGAAGAGCCAACUUCGAACAGCUGAUAGCGUUGCGCAAUAAAAAAUGUCAUUUCUUAAAUGUAGCCGCCGAUUUAAAAAUGGGUCCGUACUUGGCCUACGAGUUAGAUGUUGCUUAUGCCAAAGCUCGCCAUAAUCAGACAAAGGUUAAUGUUCUACGCGGUUACUUUGUCAACGAAUUAUUAACACGAACUGAACAUAGUCUAAAAGCUAUUCAGGAGGUGGAAUCAUAUAUAAAUGACGACCUUGAAAAAGAGUUAGAUGCAAAUAACUAGUGUCACAUAUAUUAAAUUCUAAUAAAAAAUUUCCAAUAAUAUGAUAUGAAAAAAUUUCGGAAUGCAAGUUAAAUACAAAAUAGAAGUUUAGUAUGGAAAACAAUAUAAAUAAAAAAUAAAAUAAUUUGAUAAUUUUAAAAUAUGUCUACCUUA